CGGGGCUCAGUGUAUCGCCGCACACGGAGCGCCAUGGCCGAGAAGACGUUCAAGCGCGCGGAGCUCGCGAGCCGCAACAGCAAGGCGGACGCGGUGUUCGUCAUCGACAACCGCGUGUACGACGUGACCCAGUUCCUGGACGACCACCCCGGCGGCCAUGAGGUGCUGCUCAACGUCGCCGGCGGGGACGCCACCGAGGACUUCGAGGACGUCGGCCACAGCCUCGACGCCAAGGAGCUGAUGAAGAAGUAUCUGGUGGGCGAGGUGGCGGCCGAGGACCGCGUCGAGAGGAAGACCAAGAGCUCCGCGUGGAGCGAGCCGGCGGCCGGGGGUGCGGGGGGGCAGGCGGAGGGCGGCGGGCUGCUGAGCUCGUGGAAGCUGCCGCUGGUGCUGGGGCUGCUGCUCACGGUGCUGUACUCCUACCUGUUCGGCUAGCGGCGGGCGCGGGUGUCGGUGUGUGAGAGUGGACGUGUAGUGGGACGGACGACCGGACCGAGUGCUUUUUUAUAUUUAAUCUGGAUGCGAUCGAACGAAAACAAAAUCGUUUCAAAGAGAGGCGGCCGAAGUGAAAAUGUGACAUCGAAACGUUCGUUUUUUUAUUGUUUGUUCG